AUGUUCUCCUCGUUGCGGCGGCCAACGUCCAACGUCGUAGCCAGACAUCUGCAGGUCAGAUUCUCCAGCUCCAGUUCACAAUCCAAGCCACGGUUCUCCAGAGUCGUUGGUGGUGCAAAGACAGUUGCAAAGUACGGAGGAUAUCUUUGCCUAUCAAGCGUCAUUGGCGUCGCGACGCUUGGCGUUGGAAUCCUUGUCCAUGAUGCCUUCACCUAUAACGACCGACAUGUCGACCGUGUCCCCGUCUCGCCCCUGGCCCUCAAUCCCGUCAAAGGCGGGCCAAAGAACCUGCCAAUAGUCAGUGUACAGUUUGGAGACGAGGAGAAUGAGGACAUGCAAAAGCUUCUCGACAGGCCCAAGCUGGUCAUUGUUGGCGGAGGAUGGGGGGCAAUGGGUGUCUUGAAGACUCUCUACCCCGGUGACUACCACGUCACGGUUGUCUCCACAGACACUUACACGACAUUCACUCCCCUUUUGCCUUCUGCUGCUGUGGGGACCGUAUCUGUCCGUUCUCUUAUUGAACCCAUUCGCAAGCUCAUUGCUCGUUUACGCGGCCAUUUCAUUGCGGGCAAGGCAGUAGACCUUGUCAUGAAUGACCGUUUGCUCGAAGUGGAAUUGACUCACAACGGCAAGAAGCAAAACGUCUACGUUCCCUAUGAUAAACUGGUCAUCGCGGUCGGUUCUUCCUCUAGCACUCAUGGUGUCCCCGGUUUGGAGCACUGCUUCCAACUCAAGACGAUAGGCGAUGCACAGGCUAUCCGUCGGCGCGUGAUGGACAAUUUUGAAGCCGCAAGUCUGCCCACCACUUCGCCCGAAGAGCGCAAGCGACUACUGAGCUUCGUCAUCUGCGGCGGAGGCCCGACCGGUGUGGAGACUGCUGCAGAGAUUUACGACUUCUGCCAGGAGGAUAUCAUGAAUUACCCGGAACAGUUCCCCAAGAUUUGCCGUGAAGACGUUUCAAUUCAUGUCAUCCAAUCGCGUGAGCAUAUCCUGAAUACGUACUCGGAAGAGAUCUCCAAGUUCGCCGAGGCCAAGUUUGCCAGGGAUAAGGUCAACCUCAUCACUUUGGCUCGUGUCGCCGGUGUCACGCCAGACUCCGUCCUCUAUACCACCAAGCGCAAGGAUGAGUCCGGAAACUUGGUCACUGAGCAGCAUUCCAUUCCUACCAACUUUGUCCUCUGGUCAACCGGUAUCGCCAUGAACCCUUUCACCAAACGUGUCUCCAACCUUCUCCCCAAUCAAGCCCACAAGAAAGCCAUCGAGACAGAUGCUCACCUCCGCGUCAUCGGUGCACCAGAAGGAGAAGUCUAUGCCAUUGGCGAUUGUGCUACUAUUGAGACCUCUAUCAUUAGUCAUUUCAUGGAUCUCGUUGAGACCUGUGAUAAGGACAAGAACGGCAAAAUUGAUUUCGAUGAAUGGGAAUUGAUGGUCAAGCGGAUUAAGGCCAAGAUUCCAAUGGCUGAAGACCACCUCGUCCAGGUCCGCGAAUUAUUCCAGAUGUAUGAUAUUGACUCGGAUGAGACCUUGUCCUUGAACGAACUCGUCAAGCUUUUGGAAGAGGUUGGAAAUAGAAUUACCUCCUUGCCUGCUACUGCACAAGUUGCCUCCCAACAAGGCAAGUAUCUCGGCGCCAAACUCCACAAACUCGCGCGCAAGGCCAGCGCGACCGCCAACUCUUCAGAUACCACAUCCCCUGCCCCAUCUGGUACCGCUUCUGUCAUCCACUCCAGGCCUAUCUUCCCCAACGACGAAUCUAUCGCCAAACCCUUCAAAUACUUCCACCUCGGUUCCUUGGCCUACAUCGGCAAUGCGGCCGUGUUUGACUUUGGCAAGUACUCCCUAAUGGGUGGACUCGCUGCUAUGUAUGCCUGGCGCAGCAUCUAUUGGAACGAACAAGUCAGCGCCAGGACGCGUGCUUUACUCAUGAUCGAUUGGAUUAUUAGAGGCAUCUGGGGGAGGGAUCUUUCGAGGAUCUAG